AUGCAGUGCAUAAAGGACAUCAGCCAAGAGGUCUGCCAAGAGUGUGUCACCCUCUUCCUGAAGAGUAGGAUGUGCUGUGCUGCAGCGAUUGUCACCAAUUCUCCACCCUGGUUGUUAGCUUCUUAUCCUGAAGGCAACUUGUUCCGGCUGACCCAGGAAGAAAUUCAGAUCUUGCUGGCGAGAGAGGGGAGAGAGCAGCUGUUUCUUCAGGGAAUCACCCUUGGGGGGACUGAAUGCUUGCUGAUCCGGGACAACCUGUACACCGAAGGCAACAACACCAUGGACCUCCGCACCAAAGGCCAGAGUUGGGGCAGCCAGGCAGUGACAGUCAUUCAGAUCGAGUCUGUAUAUCUUGUGUUGAUGGGACAAAAAGGGACAGAGGGAGGGCUUCUCAACCUCAAUGCUUUUGAGAUGGCAAAUUACAUCAAAGAGGCCAUUCACCAACGCAUUGCCCAUUUCUAA